UGCUGGCACCCCACUACCACAACGGAGAGCCGUCACUCUUUUGCCGUAUUGUGCCUAAGAAUUACAGUAUUUCAUACAGUGCAUAAUUCCAUGCAGCUCACUUCGUCACGUUUAGCGGGGGAGGGGUAUAUUUACAACUCAUAGGUCCAUUUACGUCCAGCUACAUCCUAUCAACAUCUCAGCUUACUGGCAAACCACUUCCAGGUAUGACCAUUGAAUGACCAUUGAAAGAUCGUAUUUACUGGAGUUGGUUGCAAGAUUCCCCUGACGUGCUAAGCCUGGAAACGAAACCUGAUUUGUUAAUAGUCGCUAUUAGGGGCUGAUGCAAGCCAAGACUUCAGCUAGAAAGCGUCUUGGUCCCGUCUUGGUCCCACGAUCACCCCUCCAUAAUAAGCCGUGAUUCAACCUGACUAGAAAGGCUAUCAUCUUGGGACGGAGAGUUGUUUACUUAUACGUAUUCGAGACACCGGAUAGAUGAAGAAUAUAUCUACCUCUCUAACGUUCUUCAAUUCUACUCUUUUUUAUCCUUUCUGUAUCUAGUAGUCUAGACGUCUAUUCAAAAACUCUACACAACUAUUUUCUACACCCACAUAUUUGCAUACGUAACCCCUCGUUAUCUCCAGGAUGGAUCUUUUCCGUAAGGCGGAAGACGUCUUCCACGAAGUGAAAGAGGCUUUACAUCAUCACGACGACGAGGAACGCCCACAGGCCGAGCAAUCUCACGCUGAUAGCGGCGAGAAUGUCCAACCGCAAACCAACACCAGCAACUAUCGUUUCCAAUCCUUUGCUCCCGAGACCUCCGGCGCCGUAAAGUGGUUUGUCGAUGGAGCGUCGUAUUUCUACGCUGUAUCUCUAGCCCUUGAAGAGGCCAGAGAGAGUGUUUAUAUCUUGGAUUGGUGGCUGAGUCCUGAGCUUUACCUACGUCGACCUCCUUCGCGCAAUGAACAGUACCGUCUCGACAAUAUGCUGCGGGCCGCCGCUGAGAGAGGCGUCGAGAUUCGCGUGAUCGUAUAUAAGGAGGUUACUCAGGCCUUGACUCUGGAUUCUGCGCACACCAAGCAUGCCCUCGAGGCCUUGCACCCCAAUAUCAAGGUAUUCAGACAUCCUGACCAUACCCCAACGGACACGAAAAAGCUCGAGACAGCCUUUUCCGACUUGUCCCUAGACAGGCUUAGGCUAGACGAUUUCAGCCUGUCUAAGUUCUCGGGAGAUGCAUUGAAGCAGCUGUACGGUUCAUUCGGUGAUACUGUCCUGUACUGGGCUCACCACGAGAAACUAUGCAUUGUUGACCGACGCAUUGCCUUCAUGGGUGGUCUGGAUAUGUGCUUUGGAAGAUAUGACACGAACAGUCACCCUAUCGCCGAUGCUCAUCCUGGUAACCUCGAUGAGAUUAUAUUCCCCGGUCAGGACUUCAACAAUGCCCGAGUCUACGACUUCGAGGGUGUUAACAACUGGGACCAUAAUAAGCUUGACCGAACGAAGAGCUCGAGAAUGGGCUGGUCUGACAUUGCCAUCUCCCUAAAGGGUCCCAUUGUCGGUAGCCUGAUCAACCACUUCACAGACCGAUGGAAUUUCAUAUUUGACGAGAAGUACACCAAGAGAGAUGCCGGCAAAUAUGACAAGAUUGGCUUUAGUGGCCACAGGGACCGGGCUCCUGAACAUCACCACCACUUCAUGGGUGACUUCGAGGGCCAAGUCGGCCGAGGCUUUAGACAUGUCGUCGGAUGGGACGGCGAAGAAGGCGUUGAACAUCGCGAUCGUGGCCGUAACAAUUACGAACGUUCGGGCGAAGUCAAGAUCCAGCUUUGCCGAAGCUGCUGUGAAUGGUCUGCCGGCCAUCCCACCGAGCACUCGAUUGCAAACGCGUACAUCAACGCCAUCGAGAACGCCCAGCACUUCAUCUACAUCGAGAACCAGUUUUUCAUCACCGCGACCUCCGACGAGCAAAAGCCCGUCGAGAACAAAAUCGGCGCCUCCAUCGUCUCGCGCAUCGUGCGCGCGUACAACAACAACGAGGACUUCCAAGUCAUCGUCCUGAUGCCCGCCGUACCCGCCUUCGCAGGAGACCUGCACUCGGACGGCGCGCUAGGUACCCGAGCCAUCAUGGAGUUCCAGUACAACAGCAUCAACCGCGGCGGGCACAGCAUCAUCGAGUGCCUGCAGCAGCAAGGCAUCGAGGACUGGCGUCGCUACAUCGGCUUCUACAACCUGCGCAACUACGACCGCAUCAACGCGUCCGCGACCCUGCGCCGCGCCGAGCGCGAGUCCGGCGUCGAUUACGAGGACGCGCGCCGCGAGUACGAUGACCGCGUCGGCGGGUACCCGUACGGCGGCGGCAACGAAGACGGAAGGUACGACGGCAGUUACGACCGGUACCAAGAAGCGGCGCGCCGCACCGACGACCGCACCUGGGACACAGUAUCGGCGUGCUACAUGGACGGGGGCCCGGACAUCCGCUCCGUACCCUGGGAAGGGUCCGAGGACUCCGAACUCGACGCCUUCGUGUCGGAGGAACUGUACAUCCACAGCAAAGUGCUGAUCGCGGACGACCGGCUCGUGAUCUGCGGGUCGGCGAACCUGAACGACCGCAGCCAGCUCGGCACGCACGAUUCCGAAAUCGCGGUCGUGAUCGAGGACCCGGAACCCGUCGACAGCGUGAUGAACGGGCGGCCGUACACGGCGUCCCGGUUCGCGACGUCGCUAAGGCGCCAGCUCUGGCGCAAGCACCUCGGCCUGCUCCCGGACCAGCGCUGGGACGAGCCGACGGCCAACUGGACGCCCGUCGACCGCGACCCGCAGCAGUACGACUGGGGCUCGCGCGCGGACCGGCUCGUCGAGGACCCGAUGAGCGAGGACUUCCGGCGUCUGUGGACCGAAACCGCGCGCACGAACACCGAGGUGUUUAGUAAAGUGUUCCACCCCGUCCCGAACGACCUCGUACGUACCUGGGACCAGUAUAAGGAUUUCUUUAGUCGGUACUUCGUCAUUCCCGGUGGCGAUGAUAAGAAAGAGGAUGAUAAGAAGGAGGAGGAAGAGGCGAAUAGCGAGGGCAAGGUCGAGUACGGACACGUCGUGCGCGACGAGUUCCCCGGCGGCGUGGCGGAGGUCAAGGAGUGGCUUAGCCGCGUCCGCGGUACCCUCGUCGAGAUGCCGCUGGAGUUUCUGAUCGACGUCGAGGACCUGGCUAAGGAUGGGCUUACGCUGAAUGCGUUUACGGAUGAGAUUUACACUUGAGUGUGUGCGUACCUAUGCGUAGUCGUAUGUCGGCUGGUGAUUUGGCGAGACUCGUGGACAGGGGGGUUGUAAACCUUGAGGCUCGUCUCGUGUGCUUACCUACCUAGGUUCUUGUUUAUAGACAGCUCCCUGAAUGAAUGACUUCUGAUACUGUG